GCCCCUGCAGUCGCCAUGUAAACAAAACCAAAGUAGCCAAAUGGGUGCAUUUUACUGUUCAAUCUGCAGGAAAACGGAUUUUUCUGGAAAAGGACACAUCUAUGGAAAAAGCCACCAGAGUAAGCUUAAAAUCGUUAUCGUCAAAUUCAUGGAGAAGGUCAAAGAAGCGCGGCGGACCAUCAAAAAUCCACAGGUAGAGAAAUACAGUCCCAAUCAUGAUGAUAAACUCUGGUGUUAUUGUUGCGGGCUGGAGGUGCAAAAACAUGUUACUGACAGUAACAUCACUGUGCUGCACGGAGGACUGCUUGAGCACAUGAGCACGAUAGAGCACCGGAAAAACACACACAAGUUCUGGUGGGAGAAUAAAGGAGACCCCAAACUGAGAGACAAGUUCAUCGUAACAAAGGAGGAAACUGAUAGAUUCAAGUCUGAGGUUACCAAGGCUCUAGAACAGUUUGAGGAAAACGGUGAUGUGUUUAUUAAAAAGCAAGCAGCAGUGAUCCGCUCUCAGGUGCAGCACAGACUGGAGGUCCUGCAGGCAUUAUCAGAGCCUGAUCCAGAUUUGUUACAGCCUGCUGAACUGGGCCAGCACAACAAUGAACACACAGCCAGAAGUUCCCACAGUGGCACUUAUGAAAUGGGGGUGCUGUCAGAAUCAAGCCAUGACAAUCUUGCAUCACACAGUCAGUGGAAUGAGUCCGGACUGGGCAUAACUUUCAUCGGUUACCAGGACUCUUCCAGCAGUGGCAAUGUCCAUACUGGAGCGGUGCCACCGUGGCUACUGGAGGAGCCUGAUGAGGGCUCAGGCAGCGGCCAGCAGGAAAUGGGUCCCUCUCUUCAGGAGUUUCUCAAACACAAGGAACAUGAGAAACUCCAGAAGCUUCCUCCUAACCGUGUGGGAGCAAACUUUAACCACAGCUCACACACUGAUGCCAACUGGCUGCCAUCGUUUGGAAGCGUGUGGAAUAGUGGCAGGCGCUGGCAGUCUAAGCAUCAGUUCAGAGAAGAGGAGGUCAAAACCAGGGGCAAGAGGAAGUGGGCAGAUGCUAAGAAAGAAACAAAAAGGCCUCAGUAAUGGAGAUUUAUGUGCUUAGAUGGAGCUGACACAUUAAGUUGCUUAAUUCUUUGUGAACUACU